AUGCCGCCGGCGCUGGAUAUUGAUGGCCGAGACCUCAUGAGCCUCUUGUCGGUUCUCGAUGAGGAGAAAAAAAACAUCAACCACCUAGCCCCCUACUGGCCCGCAACCAAGUCCCUCUACCGACACCUGUGGGAGCAACGACGCUCCAUUGCCGGCCUCGUCAAGCAUCAUCUGGCACUAGGCAUUCAAGAUACGUGCAUCGUCCUCCCACCCGAGCGCUGGAUCCGCGGAAGCUUCAAUGUCUGCGUCUUGGUCGACGUCAGGCCCGGUCACGCCUCCUCGUCUGGCAGAGUCAUCGUGCGCGGCCCCAUGCCCUACAAGCUUGCUGAGGCCAGAUACUCCGGCAGCGUGAAUUAG